AUGAUGCAGAUUAUGGAUACCUAUAACCAGAAGCAUUCCUUAUUCGACACCAUGAACAAAUUUAUAGCUGCGGUCAAUAACAUCGACCAGACGGUCAUGGUGCCAAGCCUUUUGCGGGAUGUGCCUCUUGAAGACGAAAACAAGAGCAAUGAUAAUGGCGUUUCAAGUACCGGAGCGUCCAGCUCUGAUAAGCGGGACAUGUACAACUACUUUAUCUUGCUGAAAUCCAUCAAGAACGACAUAGAGUGGGGUGCUGUGCAACUGGACGAUAGGAAAAAGGGCAAAGCUGCCACCAUAGACAUCAGAGUGGACGAGGUGGAAGGAGAAGAGGACUUGCAGAAACAAUUCCAUUAUCAUCUAAAUGGAUUAUACACCAUCCUGUCAAAACUGAUUAGAAAAGCUAACACCUUAACUAACCGCUACAAACAAGAAAUCGGCUUUGGUAGCUGGGGACAUUGAGCACAGAUCAAGUUUCAAGGACUAACCCUCUUUAAUGAAGUUAAGCCAAGCCUAACUGAAGUUGCAAGGUAGUUUUCUGCUCUGUGGUAGAA